AAAAAAUCGGUGAAACACAAAAGGACGUUCCAAUUUUUCCAUUCUUUAAAUUAUCCAGGGUUUAUUUAAUCGACGAAAAAUUAACAAGUUGAAAUUUUUUGUCCAAUUAAAAAUAACGAAAGGUGCAUUUAGUGAACGUCACAUUUGUGACCUGUAAAUAAUUCAGUACGAAAUUAGGGUUAUGACAUUUAAGUCAUAAAUUAAUCAAUUAAUAAUAAUUAUUUGUAAAUAAUUUGGAAUUAAAAAGUUCCUGUUUUGCGAUGCGGCGUUUUAAAAUUCCCUCCUAAAUUUUAGUUCAGUCCAACUUUCUAUAGAUGACCGUCUAGUCGGUUUCCUUUCGCGUAGAUGAAAAAAAUGAGCAGCUCAGAGGAAGUAUCGUGGAUUUCGUGGUUCUGUGGAUUACGAGGAAAUGAAUUUUUCUGCGAGGUUGAUGAGGAUUACAUUCAAGAUAAAUUCAACCUUACGGGGCUAAAUGAACAAGUGCCACAUUAUAGACAAGCUUUAGAUAUGAUCUUAGAUUUGGAACCAGAUGAUGAAUUAGACGACAAUCCCAAUCAGUCCGAUCUAAUAGAACAAGCGGCGGAGAUGCUGUACGGUUUGAUCCACGCUAGAUACAUAUUAACAAAUAGGGGCAUCGCCCAGAUGAUAGAAAAAUAUCAAUCGGGCGACUUCGGCUACUGCCCUAGGGUGUACUGUGAAUCACAACCUAUGUUACCUUUAGGUUUAUCGGACGUUCCUGGCGAGGCCAUGGUGAAAUCGUAUUGUCCGAAAUGCAUGGACGUGUACACGCCGAAAUCGUCGCGGCACCAUCACACGGACGGCGCCUACUUCGGCACCGGAUUUCCACACAUGUUGUUCAUGGUCCAUCCGGAAUACAGACCGAAACGUCCUUCGAAUCAGUUCGUUCCUAGGUUAUUUGGAUUCAAAAUACACCCGUUGGCAUAUCAGCUGCAGCAACAGGCUGCGUCGACGUUCAAGACACCGUUGAGGGCGCUGACUUUCAAUAACGGCAAGCGUUAGAUUUGACGAUAAUGAACAAACGGAAUGGAAACAAAUCGAACAUUUAUGAAAUUAUAACCAAGUGAAUUUAUGAAAUAUAGUUUAAAUGUGUUUUUUGAAGGAAUUACAUCAUUUCUGUUUAGUGGUUCAUUGUUUCUAGUUUAAUGUAUCGAUUCUUUUUUUUAUUAUUAAUGAGUGUAUGCGUAAAAAAACUGAAAUUAGAACUGUUGAUCAUAUUACACACACUAUUCCUUCGAACUUAUGCCGCAGUAAACUAAUUUUUUUAGUGUUCAUAGUAAAAAAUUCUUGAAAUACUUAUGUUAACAAAAGUUAGUUGAGUUACAUUAACUUACAAGUUGUUUAUACAGGACGUUUUAUUAUGUUAAUAGUGGAUCUACUUAACAUUACCAAAGAAUCUGUUCUUAAAAAAUUAACUUUUAAAGUAUUUUUUUCCGCAAACAUCCUGUAUAAUUAUCUUACCAUGUGAUAUAAUUUUUUAUUUAGCUUAUAAUUUUUGUUGACAUAAUUAUCUAAACUUGGGAUACAUAAAAUUGUUUCAUUGCAUUUAUUACAAAAAUAAUAAACUAUUAGAUUUUCAACGUUCAGUUUUUAUUUAAAAAAAAUUAAGACCGAUCUAAAAUAUUUUUUUAAUAGGUAGAACUAGAAUAAUUAUUUAUGUUUGUUACGAGCUAUGUCAUUAUUUUAUACAAGGCGUUAUGUUACUUCUUACUGUUGUAUAAAAACGUAGUAGUAGACCAUAAAAUGACUAAUAGAAAUUUUCAAUUAUUUAAAUACCUUAACAUUAAAAUGCAACUAAUACAAUACCUCCUACUCCAUUAAGUAACAAUUAGGGAAGGAUUCAAAAAUGUCUGCAAUAUUAAUGCUUUCUCUAAUAACAAAUAACAGGUACUAAAUUUCUAUUAAAUUUUUUGGUCGGCUAUUAAUAAAUGCAUGUAUUAUAGUAAUAUUCAAUGAGCUCUGAGUAUCGAUUGCUAUUAUUCACCUAUACGUUUGUGUUGUGAAUAUACCAAGUGAAUAGCAGCAGACAUAUGCCAGUAGAGCAUAAUAGUUUAUCCACGACAUUAAACAAUUCGACUAGGUAGGAAAAAAUUGUAAUUUUUAACAUACUUGUAGUGUCAAAUCUUGGAUUUCUGUAGCAAUAAUUUCAGUAAAUUUAUUUACCUACAAGAUAUUUAUUUGUCCUUAAAAAAGCAUUAAAUUGGGUUGGAAUAGGGAUAACGUCCUUCCGAGGAUUUCGAUUAACUGCCAUUGUAAAUAGCGCUUUUAACUAACAAAAAAAGCCGUUUAAAAAAUCGAACCGAAACCCACACUUUUUCCUCAAACAAACCAAUCACCGUGUACCGAGCAUCAUCGCAAGCAGUGGAUAAAAUUAACUCGUUGAAUAUUUAAACUAUAAUCGUUUAGUAGAUAAAUAAUCGGUUGAACAAAAAGCGAAACGUAUAGCUCUGUACAGGCCCGUUUAAUUUAAGUAAAUUAUACGAUACAAUUAUU